AUGGCCCUGAAGCUCCUGGGACAGUACGAUCUCUUGAGCGAGGCCCCGCGGAUUUUGGCCGUGGGGUCUGUCGUCUAUGCUCUCGGACUCGUGGUCUACAGGCUUCUGUUCCACCCCCUCAGAAAUAUCCCUGGCCCAUGGUACGCUGCAGCCACUUACUGGUACGAGUUCUACCAGGAUGUCAUCCUUGAUGGCCAUUACAUCAAGGAUUACCCCAAACUCCACGCCAAGUACGGACCUGUCGUGAGAGUAUCACCAAGUCGAGUUCACAUCAGCGACCCGGACUAUUUCAAAGAAGUCUACGGCAAUGGCACCAAGUACACGAAAGACCCUGAUUUCUUUCAGAGCGGAGGCGGCAUCAAGUAUUCCAUCAUCAUGUUGAUUGAUCCUGAAGCACACAAGCAAAGGAGGAAUACAGUCAAGUCGUUGUUUUCCCCGAAACAGAUGGACCAGCUGGCCCCUAUUGUGCUUGAUGUUGUGAAGAGAGCCAUGGCAAGGGUUCAGAGAGCAUAUGAGAAGGGUCAGGCAGUGAGCAUGCAGCCCCUCUGGCAAGCAGUAACGGUUGACACCAUCAUGCCUGUGCUCUUCGACAGACAUAUGAACUUGGUCGAUCAGGACGAGGAGUUCCCGCCGUUUCUGGAUAUCAUGGAGAAGUUUGCAGAGAACUUCCUCAUUACCAAGCAUUUCCCCUUCCUUAUUCACUUCGCUUUAGCCAUUCCCAUGAGCAUUGCACAGAAGGUCCUACCUGGCUAUGCCCAGUUCCGCAAUCAAUGUUCCGAAUGGAUUGGUGAGAUCGAGGAGAAACAAAAGACCGGCAACGACACUGCCGCCGAUGGCCGCAGCACGUAUUUCGAUCUUCUCCUGAACACGAAGAACACCAAGAUGUACCACAAGCUCACCCGAGACAUGCUUGUCGAUGAAGCCUUGGCGCUGUGUUUCGCCGGCACCGACACGACCAGCUUCGGCUUGACCUUCGGAACCUACUACCUGCUCAGCAACCCGGACAAGCUUCAGAAGAUGCUUGCGGAGCUGAAGACUGUACCGACGAACGCUGAAGGUCUCUACGAGUACCGUGAAGUGUGCAAGCUGCCUUAUCUUAGUGCCACCAUCAAGGAGAUUCUUCGUCUUUCAUCACCUGUUCCUGGAAUCAUUCCCAGAAGAGUACCCGCGGGCGGUUCUCAUGUCGGUGGAAAGUUUCUCCCAGAAGGCACAACCGUAUCUCAAACACUCCGUACUAUCCAUGACAACCCAGAGAUCUACCCCGAGCCUGAGAAGUUCAUUCCCGAGCGUUGGCUGGGUGAGGACGGCUGGGCGCUGGAAAAGUACUUUGUUCCGUUUAGCAAGGGCCCUCGCUCGUGCUUGGGUAUGAACGUCGCGUACGUCGAGAUGUAUCUCAGCAUCGCCAACUUCUUCACCCGCUUCAACAUGAGUCUCUUCGAGACUGAUGAGACUACCGCGAUAUGGAUCGACAGUGCUGCGGCCCGUAUUUGGAAACCGAUCAAGGUCAAGGUUGACUCGAUAAACGGCGAAAAGGUCUUGUCAUAG